CUAGUUUUCUCUUUGAUUUUCGGGGUGGGCUUCAAGUCGUUAUUGCCGGACCGCUGAGCACAAUGGCUCAUCAUAAUGCUGCAGUAUAUGUAUGCCUCGCAUUUAGAUUGACAUCGCUUACUUUUUUUCAGAACUUGAACGGCAGAGCUUUGAUUCUUCUUGCCUCAUGAUGCUAAAUAAUAGGCACAUUGUGCCCGGGGCUUGCUAUUUUCCCAUCUCGUUCAGACGAAAUAAGAAGCUAUACAACGUGCAUUCUUUCGCCCACCAAACUCAUAUUCUGCUUCCCGACCCAAUGCAGGCGCAGUAUUCGGCGGACGAUCUCACAGCGGCGAGGAGUUUGCAAGCCAGCACGUACAUAUACACAUCAAUGGCUACAUUCUGGAUCUACGAUUAUGCUUGUUCACUUCAUCAGGAGUGGAUGUUCUUGCUUCGGUCACGCCGGUCCAUUGUGAAAGGCCUUUAUGUUGUCACACGAUAUGUGCCUUUUCUCCUGUUCACCGGGCAUCUGUAUAUGAACUUCAUCUCGAACGAGAACUCUAAUAAAUGCCAGUUGUUGAACAAUAUUUGCUCAUGCUUCAGUCUGAUAUCAGUGACUUGUUCUGAAUGCAUUUUUGUCAUCAGGACAUAUGCGCUCUGGAACAACAACAAAAUUGUGCUCGCAACUAUGGUGGCAACCUUUCUUGCCAUUGUCAUAUCAUCCAUAAGCUUUGCCUUUGCCACUACUGCCACCGCACCGUGGAGAACCAGUGCAAUCCCAGGUAUCACGGGUUGUUAUCAGAGCUCGGCCGUUGUCCAGCUCUUCAUACCAUUUAUUCUUUUGCUUGGGCUUGAAUUCGGUCUCAUGUGCCUCACACUCAUACGCGCUAUCCAGAACUGGCGGUCGACCAACGGCAAUCUGUACGCCGUCCUGGUGAAGCAUAACAUAUUCUACUAUGCAUGCGGUCUGUUUUUCUCAACGGUGAAUAUCCUCACCUUGCAGCUCUUUCAAUACGGAUACGAAGCAAUGUUCCAAGAUUUCCAAUUCAUCGUCCUCGCCAUCCUCGCCACGCGCAUGCACCUUCAUCUCUGGCAUACAAAUACACACACAUACGACUCUAGCGCACUCGUGUGUGUUCCCCUGUCUGACAUCUCAUUUGCGGGCAGUCCGACGUGAUGUCAGCGUUGUUCCAACGUUCAUUAUAUGGUGUUUGAACUGUAUGAGGUGACUAGCCAAGGUGAGCUUGGUAAGUUGUUGGAUCUAUGCGCUUAAGACAGUUUCUGUUGUGUACGGGAGGUGCAUCUGGAUGGACUUCGAGUUGAUCUCUUUAUGUAACAUUGAUAGACAACGAGCUUCCACUGUGAGCAGCGGUAGCUAAAGUAACAAGACACAUCUUUAGUUGCUGUCCGCGCUUGCGCUUGCACGGUUUGACUUGAAGCUUGACCCUCUGUACUAAUUCUCUCCCUGCUCUGAUCCUUUCAUCUGCAGGUAUGCUGGCUUGACUGUAUGCUGCUGCUAUUACAUCAGCAAAUAGGAUGAACAGUCUAAAAUGUAAUCUAAGACUUCAGCGCUACGAUCAAGACGACAAACGGUGAGA